AUGCUGGUGAACUAUAGUCAGCAAAUACAAAGUCUGGUGGAAGCAAUCGCCAAACAAGCGGCUAAUCCUCCAACACAAAAGGAACAAGCACAGGCAGCACCACCUUUCCGUGCUUUUGAUGCAUCAAGAGAAGAAUGGCGAGAAUAUUUCGCGCAGUUGCAGGCGCACAUGACAGUCUACAAAAUCACGGGUGCUAAGGGGGUGCACAGGAGGCAUCAGAACCAGUUGCGCCGCGCUGGCCGCCCGGAUUCUGCCGCUCGUUCUUUGUCCACAGAUUUGGUCCGCGGCGGGUUCCAGCCGCGCCUUCCGACUUCGCUGCCGCCCCCAGAGCAGCAGCAGCAGCCGUCGCCGCUACCACGCCGACAGCCCGUCCCGUUGAUGCCUCCCGCGCAGCUUCAUCCGGGAGCGCCCCAGGUGGUCGCUCCGGCGCCUGCGGUCCCUCUUCAGUCGCCACCGCCUUCGGAGCUGAUGGACGUCGACCCCUCAGCCGGGCCGCCUUCCCAAGCGGUGGCUGUGCAGCCUGUCCUGCAGCCGCUUUCCUUGGGCACCCCCAAGGAGUCUGACACCGCAGCGCCUUGUCCGGCGCCCACUCAGCAGCCGUCGACGCAGCGUCAGGAGACGCUGCCUCUCUUCGUGGGUCCCGACGCCCCGUCACGUCCAGUACCAGAAGCUGCGCCCGUGGUCACAGGCGUGCACCCUGACCUCGGUUUUCAGUCGGUGUUUCCCGAGGCCCCGCGCAGCCAAUGCUGGGGCAAACGCGCGCGCGGCCUCGCGGCGUCACCACUCUGUGGCCCCGACAGGGAGAGGUGUGUCCAGGCGACGGCAGAGGCGCUGCGGUCGGCGGCGGCCGCGCACAGUAGCAGCCGGGGCCAACUCCCCAAUACGGCGGAAAUGAAGCCGUCGCCGCUACGGCUGAUAAAGCUGACAGCCCCGUCUCCAAACUCUGCCUAG